UUCCAUUGCUGUGAUUGUAGUUGACAUAGUUUUUAGUGCUGAUGCCUGGUGUCCAUCAGUUGUGUGUGAUAAUCAGGAUAAUAAAUACAAAGGAGUAUUGUGAUGACUAAAGACAGACUGUAGAUUGUCUCUGUGUCACCUGGAAUAAGUGAACUUUGAUGUCAUGUGUUUGUGACUCUUCACCUCUGUCUCCUCUCACAGGGAGAAGAUGAUGUGCAUCAUCCUGCUGCUCAUCAACCUGACCUCCUGUGUCUGUGGAACAUUUGUAGUCAAUGUGACACAGACCUCCUAUCAGGCAGAGGAGAACCACAACAUCACACUUGAGUGGAUGUUCACGACUAAAACUGGCAGCUCCCUCCACUCCCUUUAUAUCUACUGUGAACUGUUAACUGAUCUCAGAGCCUCAGUCCUGUUUCAUCUACAUGGAGGUGUUGAGGUCCCAGAGUCUCAGGAUGAACAGUUUACAGGACGAGUCCAGUGUGACAAAGACGUCCUCAGAGAGGGACGACUCAGACUUCAUGUGUCCAGACUCAGGACUGAUGACUCAGGACCGUAUAUGUGUGAAGUGUCCACACAUUAUGACGGGAGCACUGCUACAUGUCGGCUCAAUGUCACUGCAGCGAGGGAUCGACCUGAACCUCAGACACCAAACACAACAAGUCGUCCACAGCCAGAGAGUCGAGGAAGGAUCGGCCUUUACUGUGGACUGGCAGCAGCAGCUCUACUGAGUGUUUGAUUCUGUGUAUUAAUUCACCUUCAGUCCAGAAAACAAGAUCUGUGCUCAGACUCCAGUGGAGGAUUUAAGAAAAGUUCAUCAGAUGAUGAGAGGAAACAGUUUGUUAUCAAAGUCAUGGUCCUAAAAACACCAGACAAACUCUGAGACUCUCUCCCUCCAACAUCUGUGUCAGAAACUACAUGUGAUGUGAAAUCUAUAUUUUUAUGCAGCGGCUGUUAUCAAUCAUGUGUCUUAAAACAUUCUUGAAUCAACAAGACGACAGAAUUCUGAGAGAAUUGUACGUUCAUUAAUAAUCUUCUGCCCACUGAUGGUUAUUGUUAUCAUGUAAAAUGUAUUGUGUUCAGUUUAUAAUGUGUACAUAUUGUAAAUAAAUCUAUAUUUA